AUGCAUCUAUGGCCAUCACUGAAACUUCGAAAUUCCUUCAAGGGCAAUAGCCAGAAGAGAUUUCAAAGGAUGAACAGCGGGAAACAAAGUCCAAGCAACCAGCAGAGACUCCUCAAAGAAUCUGGCCCCGAGAUUUCGUCUGGUGGGGUUUCUGUCGUCUGCAGAGAUCUUGCCAUGGUUCUCUCUUGCUGCUUCUGCUGUUUCUGCUGCGGAGCUUGUAUUGAUGAGGAACUGAAGUGA